UGCGAUGAUGACAAAACACCUGCCGUCAUGGCAUUGAAGAAAUGAUCAGAAAGCAUAAUUUUGAUAGAAUGCAUUAUUUUCUGUCAGUACACUUGCCGCAAUGAUUUCUGAUUAUGAUUCCUUAAGUAAAUACUGUUUUCAAGUUGCUGCGCACCUGUAGACAUCCGAAAGGUUCUACUUGAUUUGAUGAUACUGUAGAUUAAAAUACCUUCAAAAUGUCUUCAUCAGCUGUGUACUUGCUAGAUGUGAAGGGAAAGGUUCUAAUCUCUCGUAACUAUCGAGGUGAUAUUGAUAUGGGAGUGAUUGAGAAGUUCAUGCCUUUACUCAUGGAAAAAGAAGAGGAAGGAUUACUGACUCCUAUUCUUCAGACUAAUGAUUGUACUUUUUCUUACAUCAAGUACAACAACUUGUAUAUUGUUUCUACAACAAAGAAGAAUGCUAAUAUUGCUUUAGUCUUCACCCUCUUACACAAAAUUGUACAGGUCAUGAUAGAAUAUUUUAAAGAACUUGAAGAAGAAAGUAUUCGUGAUAAUUUUGUGGUGAUAUAUGAACUAUUAGAUGAAUUGCUGGACUUUGGGUAUCCUCAGACUACUGACAGCAAAAUUCUUCAAGAGUAUAUUACCCAAGAAGGUCAUAAGCUUGAAAUUCAACCUCGGCCUCCUCCUGCUGUGACCAAUGCUGUUUCAUGGCGAUCGGAGGGCAUAAAGUAUCGCAAAAAUGAAGUUUUUCUGGAUGUCAUUGAAUCAGUGAACUUGUUGGCUAAUGCAAAUGGCAAUGUCUUAAGAAGUGAAAUUGUUGGAGCAAUCAAAAUGAGAGUUUAUCUGUCUGGUAUGCCGGAAUUGAGGUUAGGCUUGAAUGACAAGGUAUUAUUUGAGAGUACUGGUCGAGGAAAAUCAAAAUCUGUUGAGCUGGAAGAUGUGAAAUUCCAUCAAUGCGUCCGCUUGUCCAGGUUUGAAAAUGAUAGAACCAUCUCUUUCAUUCCUCCUGAUGGAGAAUUUGAAUUAAUGUCCUAUCGACUCAAUACACAUGUAAAGCCACUUAUAUGGAUUGAAUCAGUCAUUGAGAGACAUGCACACAGCCGCGUAGAAUAUAUGAUCAAAGCAAAAUCACAGUUCAAGCGUCGAUCAACAGCUAACAAUGUAGAGAUUGUAAUACCAGUCCCUGCUGAUGCUGAUUCACCCAAGUUUAAGACAACUAUUGGUAGUGUCAAGUAUGCCCCAGAGCAGAAUGCUAUUACAUGGACAAUCAAAUCAUUCCCAGGUGGAAAAGAAUACCUGAUGCGUGCUCACUUUGGUUUGCCAAGUGUUGUGUGUGAAGAUACAGAAGGGAAGCCACCCAUUCAAGUGAAGUUUGAAAUUCCUUACUUCACAACCUCUGGCAUUCAGGUCAGGUACUUAAAGAUUAUAGAGAAGAGUGGGUAUCAAGCCUUGCCAUGGGUGAGAUACAUAACGCAGAAUGGAGACUACCAGCUGAGAACUAACUAGCAGUUAUUUGUGAUUCUGUGAAUUUUCAUUGCUACUUGACUGAACUUAUUGUUCUUAUUCCUCUUGUUGCUGAUGUGAAGGAUGUGCGGUUGUAUUUGAGACACGAGUCUAUUGUUGUGUAAUAUAAUGAAAUGUUAUCUUGUUUCGUCUUCACUUGCAUCUAACUAUAAUUUUAGAACACGGGACACAAGAAACCUGGGACUGGUGUCUUCUUGUCUUUAAUAGAUCAGUAUUCCAAUGAAAGUGAACCUAUUUUAAUCUAAUCUAAUGAAUUUUGUUUUUAAAGUCUUAUCAGUUUUUAUGAAGAACUAUGUACUCAAAGCAGGCAUGGUGAUAAAUGAUGCCAUCGACUGAAAAGUAGUACAUUUGAGGAAUUUCAUUUUACUGCCGAAGUAGGUCUUGUAGCUUUGUUUGCUCUGCAGUCAGCUUAUCUUGAAUGAAUUCAUUAAAGCCCUUAUGGCAGACACUGUGGGCAGACACUGUGUAGAGCAUGAGCAAGAUUGAAAAGCAUCAGUGUUGUUGUGGGGGGCUUUGAAGUUAUAAAUUCGAUGAUGUGUGACUGUAGAUGUGCUUUUGGUUAUUACUGCUGUUCUGUUGACUUAAAUAGUAAAUUAAAUGGUGCGUGCUCUAUUUUUGACAAAUUCAAUGUUUAAUUAUCAUUCCGUUUCUGAGAAAGUGUAAGUUUGGAUAAAUAAAUCAUGGAUGUACUAAAAUUUAAAAGCUCUGGAAUUAA